AUGGUCCAAAACACUGAAGAAUACCUGGCACAGUUGCAAAUUCAGUCCUUGCUUGUUCAAGAACGUUACUACAGAGACACGGCACAAUGGGAAAAUCUACGCAAUUCGUAUCACCCAGAUGCCUCGAAAACAGCGAUCAACAUUUCUUGGUUUGAAGGAACGGCAGAGGAUUUCGUGCUUGGAUCUAAGAAGAUGGCGGAAUCGGGAGCGACUUCCUCACAUAAGAUCUGCCCUGUAACCAUCCAUUUCAAUGAGAAUGUCAAUAAAGCGCUAUCAGAGUCAACUGGAAGCAUCAAUCUCCGCUUCGAGUACGAGGGCCAUGAAUAUGACUGCGUGUCUUAUGCGCGAUUCAUUUCGAGAUUGCAAAAGGUCAAUGGGGAAUGGAAGAUGUUGACUCUGGAGGCGAUAUAUGAUGGAGACUCUAUCACACCAGCAUAUCCUCUUCGGGUACCUGCAAACUUUGACCUGCAAGGUCAUCGGGCCAGUUAUAGGUGUCUUGGAUGGGUUCUUUCACGUAAAGAAUUCCAGGUUAAUCAGGAUCUACCAGGCACGGAUCGUCCAGAGACAGUCACCAAAUUUAUGGAUGAAUCUCAUCGCUGGCUGAAAUUACAAUGA